GCCAAGGUUAACAAAAAUGGCAAAUGAUUAUUUGAAAGGCAAAUGGAGAUUGUGGUUCAGCGUGUAUGAUGCAAAGCAUAAACACCAGCUGUCAAAAGAAGAUGUAAAAGAAAAAGAGGAGAAGUUUGCAAUACUCAAUCACCUUGAUGCCGAACGAAAGAAGCAGGUCAUAGAAACCAUGAAUAAAUUAUUGUCUGAAAAUGUAUUCUAUGGAAAAUCCGGUCCUAUUUCGGAAGACGAAUUUGUUGACAUGCAGAACGAGGACUUCAAGGCGGACAAAGACAACUACGUCGCCAAAAGGAGAAAGUAUUUUACCACUGUGUUUAACAUGAUAGAUCUUUACGGAGAGGGUAUAACAGAGGAAGAGUUUGUCAAUGCAUUUAGGGCAAUGGGUCAUGACAAUGUGUCGCUGGAUAAAAAGUUCUUCCAGGAUUUCAAACUUGUUGAUGGAAAGAUUCCAUUGAGUGUUUUUGUAGAUGCUAUGGUUCAGUUCACAACGUGCGAGGACAGCUCAAAACCUGACCUCGUAAAACAUGGACUCGAAUCAGGCGUUUAACUGUCAUCUCCUAACGAUAUCAUGUAGUACCAAAUCAAACACUACUACUCUAUAGCAAUCGUGUGUUGCCAAUUUAAUUUUGUGUGAUAUAUAUAUACUAGUGUAUAAUAUAUUCUGAAAUAUAUAAAUAUAAUCAUGACAUUUGUGUAAAUGUACAAUAAAUCUAAGAUCACGUCUAGAAAUGUUGUUCUUCUUCUCGUACUUUUUAAUAUCCUGAUAUGAAAUAUUCUAAGAUUCGAGAGUGGUUCAAAUAUGCCAGAAGCUUUCAUCACAAUCGAACUAAAAUAAUAAACUAAACUAA